UUACGUCGCGAGCUGUACCGGAAGAGAACGAUCUCAAACCUGCGAAGCAAAUUUGGCUUGUUUCGUUUUCGCCAUUUAAGACGCCUUUAACGGAUACACAACACUAGUUUUUAACUGAACUCGGCAACAUUUUAAAAAAUAGACACGAAUUGGCUGCUAAGUGGCGAGUUUUAGAGAGAAGGGCGUGCUUCAAUCCCAACUGUUGGCACACUUCUCCCCCUCCCUCCCCCUGCUAGUCCUCCACCCCAUUACUGGAUGCUAGCUGGGUGGUAGCCGUUGCAUGUAUUAGCGCUCCCCCCACAGUAAAAAGUUGUGUUGCGUCCCAAUUGUUUUUUGCUUUAUUUUCCCUCGGAGAUAAGUCUGCGGCAAGAUGGGAUGUACUCUGAGCACGGACGACAAGGCGGCUCAGGAGCGGAGCAAAAUGAUCGACAGGAACCUUCGGGACGACGGCGAGAAAGCUGCCCGGGAGGUGAAGCUGUUGCUGCUUGGUGCUGGGGAGUCUGGGAAGAGUACCAUUGUUAAGCAGAUGAAGAUCAUCCAUGAAGCGGGCUACUCAGAGGAGGAGUGCAAGCAGUACAAAGCGGUCGUCUAUAGCAACACCAUCCAGUCCAUCAUUGCCAUAAUCAGAGCCAUGGGACGCCUCAAGAUUGACUUUGCCGAUUCGGCCAGAGCGGAUGAUGCUCGGCAGCUGUUUGUGUUAGCCGGCUCAGCUGAGGAGGGCUUCAUGACAGGCGAGCUGGCUGGGGUCAUCCAGCGGCUGUGGAAGGACGGCGGAGUCCAGGCAUGCUUCAGCCGCUCCAGAGAGUAUCAACUCAACGACUCUGCAGCAUACUAUUUGAAUGACCUGGACAGGAUAUCACAUGGCGCUUAUGUGCCCACCCAGCAGGACGUGCUGAGGACCAGAGUGAAGACGACUGGCAUUGUGGAGACACACUUCACCUUCAAGGAUCUGCAUUUCAAAAUGUUUGACGUUGGUGGCCAGAGAUCCGAGAGGAAGAAGUGGAUCCACUGCUUUGAGGGCGUCACUGCAAUCAUCUUCUGCGUGGCUCUCAGCGACUACGACCUUGUGCUGGCUGAGGAUGAAGAGAUGAACCGAAUGCAUGAGAGCAUGAAGCUGUUUGACUCCAUCUGCAACAACAAGUGGUUCACGGACACCUCCAUCAUCCUCUUCCUCAACAAGAAGGACCUUUUUGAGGAGAAGAUCAAGAAGAGCCCGCUCACUAUCUGCUACCCAGAAUAUGCAGGUUCCAACACUUACGAGGAGGCAGCCGCCUACAUCCAGUGUCAGUUUGAAGACCUGAACAAGAGGAAGGACACCAAGGAAAUCUACACCCACUUCACCUGCGCCACCGACACCAAGAAUGUGCAGUUCGUGUUCGAUGCAGUCACCGAUGUCAUCAUCAAAAACAACCUGAAGGACUGCGGCCUUUUCUGAAGGCAUCCAGUGGUCCACAUGCCGAGUGACUUUAUCCAAGGAGCGUCUGACCUUGGCAGACACUGCUGACCAAUGUCACUUUUAUCCUCUUAUUAAUAACUUAUGUUCAUCUCCUAAAAAGUUUUAAUGGCGGCACUGUAGACGAACCAUUUUGUGUAAAAUAUUUGUACAACUGUCGAUGGCUGGGGAUUUUUCACCGAUUUUAAAAAAAAUGUGCUAUCAUUUUUAUUUUUUUUAUAUAUAUGUAUGAAAAGGAGAUUCUGCUUCUGUUGUUUUUCACCCCGAAUUAAGACGUUUAUUUCCUAGGUGCGUGUGCCUUGCAUGCCUUAGUUGCAGUGUUCUCCUGACGAUGACUUAGAUGUUAGGUUUAUGUGCUAGAUGUUACCAUCUAACUUGUCCUGACAAGCCCACAGUCCGUUUUUUUCUUUUUUAUUUUGCUGAAUUUAUUUUUUUUUUCGUGUCACAAUCUUUUUUUUUUUUUUUUGGCUUCUUCUU